UUGGAGAGAAAAUGGUGAAAUAAUCUAAAUUAGAGAGAAGAAAACACUUUGGAAAUGGAUAUGUCAAAACAAGAACUAAAUGAAAGGGUGAAGCCUAUAAUGUCACCAACGAAGAGAGAAUGGACCAACAUUGACAAAACCAUUGCAUGUCUUCUUUUCUUUCUUCAUGCCCUCUGUAUUUUCGCCCCAUUUAACUUUACUUGGAAUGCGUUUUGGGUUGCCCUUAUCUUGUAUAGUAUUACAGGUCUUUUCGGCAUCACUAUUUCGUAUCAUAGAAAUCUUUCACAUAAGAGUUUCCAGCUUCCUAAAUGGCUUGAGUAUUUAUUUGCUUACUGUGGAGCUCAUGCACUUCAGGGUGAUCCGAUGGAUUGGGUAAGUACACAUAGAUGUCAUCACCAAUUUGUUGACACAGACAAAGAUCCUCAUGAUCGUAAUCAAGGAUUUUGGUUUAGUCAUAUCAAUUGGGCUUUCGAUUCCUACCAUUUGACUAAAAAGGUUUGUGGUAAGUACUUCAAUGAUUCCAAAGAAACAAAAAGAAACUUGUUCACAUUAGUAAUGAAGCAUGAGAGACCAGAUAAUGUCAAGGACUUGGAGAAACAAAUAUUCUAUACGUUUAUUCAUAAAACGUAUAUUCUUCAUCCAAUUGCUUUGGCAAUCUUUCUCUAUAUGGUUGGAGGACUUCCUUUUGUUUUAUGGGGAAUGUGUGUGAGGAUAGUAAUGUUAUAUCAUGUAAUAUUUAUGGUGAAUUCAGUAUGCCAUAAAUGGGGAAAGAAACAAUGGAGUACAACUGAUUUAUCUAGAAAUAAUUGGUGGGUGAGUCUUCUUUCUUUUGGAGAAGGUUGGCAUAACAAUCACCAUGCAUUCGAGUAUUCAGCUAAGUAUGGACUUGAAUGGUGGCAACUUGACUUUGGUUGGUAUGUUAUUAUGUUCCUUAAAGCAAUUGGAGUGGCCACAGAUGUCAAAUUACCCACUCAAUGCCACAAGCAAAGGAUGAAACUGUGAGCUCAUCAAUGGAUGAAUUUAAAAAAUGAUGCUUAAUUCAUACUGAAAGAUAUAAACACGCCAUAUAGGAUUUACAUAAUUAUUGUUUGAAUUAGAUGUAUAAUCCAACGAUAUAUAAUAUUCAUGUAUUAGGGAUAUAGGAUUUAUGAAGAAGAAUGAGAUAUUGUAGUUUUAAAAGUAUAUGGUGGAAAAUUUUCGAUAUUUGAAACUAUUUGUAAUAGAAAAAAAAUGAAAACUUGAAUAUUUUGGCUUUUGUAAAUAAAUAUCUAUUACUCCAAGGUUGGGUCGCACAUACAAGAUAAAAAUGUUUUUUCAUCUUAAA